AUGCGACAGGUGACAAACAGUGACUUCUGCAUGAAUAGCAGGCCGUCGUGCCUAGCAGAGGACGGCCACCAUCCCGCCUCCCACUUUGAACUGUGCACCUCCCAGUCCAACAAGUUCUACCCACCUCCCCCUCCGUCUCUCCAGAUGACACUGGCUCCCAUGGCCCUACCCGCCCAGAGCCACAAACCCAUGGUGUGUCAGAGACAGGAAGCGCUUGGGGGUGACCCCCGCUCACCUGGAAAAAUACCCAGCAUUAAAAGCACUGAUCAAACGCCGGAUGAUGGCAAGAAGAAGAACAAGGCUGUCGGGAAGACGGGCAGACGCGGGAGGCCUUUGGGAACCACCAAACUAGCCGGAUACAGAACCAGCACAGGGCGACCUCUUGGCACGACCAGAGCUGCUGGUUUCAAGACGAGCCCGGGAAGGCCGCUGGGUACGACCAGAGCGGCUGGAUACAAGGUCAGUCCAGGACGGCCUCCUGGCAGCAUCAAGGGCCUCUCUCGCCUCAACAAACUGGCUUACGGUAGCACCUGCAGCGGAGCAGCUUUUCCCUAUCCCCUACCACACAAGGAAAUCCUCUGUGAACCUUCCUGCAAAGAGAAGCCAGCUAAUGAGUAA